UGUGGCUGAUCUGAAACAUGCGAUUCAAACGAAGUAUAAGAUUGCCAUUCAGCACCAAGUACUCGUUGUCAAUGGAGGAGAGUGCAUGGCACCAGAUAGAAGAGUAUGCAGUUACAGUGCUGGAACAGAUACCAACCCAAUUUUUUUAUUCAACAAAGAAAUGAUAUUGUGUGAACGUCCACCAGCUAUCCCCAAAACCACAUUUUCAGCAGAGAAUGAGAUGGAAUUGAAAGUAGAAGAAUCUCUCAUGAUGCCUGCAGUGUUUCAUACGGUAGCAUCACGGACACAACUUGCUGUGGAAAUGUAUGAGGUUGCCAAGAAACUUUGCUCCUUUUGUGAAGGUCUUGUACAUGAUGAACACCUUCAGCAUCAAGGCUGGGCUGCCAUAAUGGCCAACUUAGAAGAUUGUACAUACUCUUACCAAAAGCUGCUUUUCAAGUUUGAAAAUGUUUAUUCCAGCUAUUUGCAGUCCAUAGAUGAUAUCAAAUUGAAACUUACACACUUGGGCUCUGCUGUUUCUAUCAUGGCCAAGAUACCACUGCUGGAGUGCCUAACAAGACAUAGUUACAGAGAGUGUUUAGGAAGACUGGAUUCUUCAGCUGAGCAUGGAGGGACAGAAAGUGAAGAAACUGAGGAUGGGAAAUCUGCUGAAUUGGUGCUUUAUUCUGAUAUAUCUAAAGUGAACAAUAAAUCAAUGUUAGCCUCAUUUUGCAAGUCAGUUGAACAUUCGGCUUUGGAAGGCACAGAUCCUGAAAAUAUAAAAGAUGAUAAGGAAUCUGGUCAAAAUGCUACUGUCCAGGACAAUGAAACAUCAGUAGAACUGAAAGAUGAUGAUCAGCCUUCCUUCAGUGUGUCUUUGUUAGACUGGAUAAAUGUUCAAGAUAGACCUAAUGAUGUUGAAUCACUGGUCAGAAAAUGUUUUGAUUCUAUGAGCAGGCUUGAUCCAAGGAUCAUCCAACCCUUUCUGGCAGAAUGUCGCCAAACUAUCGCCAAACUAGAUAAUCAGAACAUGAAGGCUAUUAAAGGCCUUGAAGAUAGGCUCUAUGCAUUGGACCAGAUGAUAGCAAGCUGCAGCAGACUUGUGAAUGAACAAAAAGAACUUGCUCAGGGAUUUUUGGCUAAUCAGAAGAGAGCUGAGAACUUGAAAGAUCCUUCUGUGCUGCCUGACUUAUGUUUGAGUCAUGCAAAUCAGCUGAUGAUUAUGUUAACUAAUCACAGAAAACUGUUAGAUAUUAAACAGAAAUGUACCACUGCCAAACAGGAGCUUGCAAAUAAUCUACAAGUCAGGUUGAAGUGGUGUUGUUUUGUAAUGCUUCAUGCUGACCAAGAUGGAGAGAAGCUACAAGCAUUGCUUCGUCUCGUAACAGAGCUCCUAGAAAGGGUCAAGGUUGUAGAGGCUCUCAGUACUGUUCCUCAAAUGUACUGUCUAGCUGUUGUUGAGGUUGUGAGGAGAAAAAUGUUCAUAAAACACUACAGAGAGUGGGCGGGUGCUUUGAUAAAAGAUGGGAAACACCUAUAUGAAGCUGAAAAGGCAAAAAGGGAAUCUUUUGGUAAACUGUUCAGGAAGUCUUUUCUAAGGAAUCGUUUGUUUAGAGGACUUGACUCCUGGCCUCCAUCCUUUUGUACACGAAAACCUCGCAGAUUUGACAGUGAGCUUCCAGAUAUCUCGUUAAAUGACUUGCAGUUUUUGCAGUCGUUUUGUCCUUCAGAAGUACAGCCGUUACUCAGGGUUCCCAUACUUUGUGACUUUGAACCUCUUCACCAGCAUGUACGUGCUCUACAUAACCUGGUAAAGGCAGCACAGAGUUUGGAUGAAAUGUCACAAACCAUUACAGACCUGCUGAAUGAACAAAAGGCCUCCAAUAGUCAAGCAUCACCACAAUCUGCUACCACGCCAAGGAUGGAAAGUACAACAGGAACCACAAUUGCUACCUCUUCAAGAACUCCUCCAUCACUCAGUCUUCAGGGUCCCCUGUGUCCUCCUGUGUGUCCCCCAGCUCCAUUAGAAGAAUUGUCUCCAGACAGCAUCGAUGCUCAUACAUUUGAUUUUGAGACUAUUGCCCAUCCGAACCUGGAGCAAGCUCUUAAGCAAGGAUCAUUAGACUUGGAUUCAUUAGCAGAAAGUCCAGAAUCUGACUUCAUGUCAGCAGUAAAUGAAUUUGUAAUAGAAGAAAAUCCAGUAUCUCCUAAUGUAAUAAGUGAUCCACAAAGUCCAGAAAUGAUGGUGGAAUCUCUUUAUUCUUCAGUUAUCAAUGCAAUAGACAGUAGACGUAUGCAAGAUACAAAUACUUGUGUAAAGGACAUUUCAGUAGAAAAUGCACCUCUCAAUGUUUGCAUGGAGAAGUGUAGGGUUAUUGCCCAAGACUCCAAGGUACAUUUAAGAGGUAUAAAAGAAGAUCUUUGCCACUUUAGAACACUUGUACAAAGAGAACAGUGUGACUUUUCUAAUUCUUUAAAAUGCACUUCAUUAGAAAUAGUAAAUACUAUUGAGAAGGUAAAACUUUCACUUGAAAAAACACUAAAAGAUAAACAUCAAAAUGAAUUAGAGUCUUUGAAAAGUGAAUAUGAAACUAAAAUUAAUAAAUUAUUGGAGGAUAGUGAAGAAAAUAAAAAGAAGAUAAAAAAGUUAAAAGGUGACCUAUUAGGCCUUGAGGAAGUUCUUCAGAAUAAGAAUGAUGAAUUUGCGAUGGUGAAAAAUGAGAAAGAAGCUGUAGUUUGCCUUCAGAAUGAGAAAGACCAGAAAUUACUUGAAUUGGAAUGCCAAAUGGAGACACAAAAUUCUGAAAUUAAGGAACUGAGACAGUCACGUGAGGUAGUACUUGAAGACUUGAAAAAACUUCAUGUUGAAAAUAACGAAAAACUGCAACUCCUGAGAGCAGAACUUGAGAGUUUAGAGCAAAGCCAUUUAAAAGAACUGGAAAAUAAACUACAAGCCAGGCAUUUACAGGAAAUUGAGAAGGCACUAACUGAGCACAAGGACUGUUUAGAGAAGUUAAAAAAAGAAAACGAGCAUAGACUUGAACAAAUGCAGGAAUCUCAUUCGGUAGUUGUGCAAGAGAAACAACAACAAGUAGAAGAGUUACAACUCAAAGUUUCAGAUUUGUCGGAUUUGAGGUGCAAAUUAGAAGUUGAACUUGCCCUGAAAGAGGCAGAAACUGAUGAAAUGAAGCUUCUUUUGGAAGAAAGCAGAAACCAGCAGCAAGAGACCUUGAAAUCUCAUAUUGAUAAAGAAACUGAAAGCUUAAAAAAGGAGAUAGAUGAAUUAAACAAUAAAAUACAAAUUAACAGUGAGGAAUAUCAAGUGGGCUUAUCAGAAUUAAGGACUCUGAUGACAAUUGAGAAAGAUCAGUGUAUUUCUGAGCUAGUAGACAGAUACGAAGAAGAAUCAAAUUUGCUUAGAACUGAACUAAAUAAAGUAACACUUCUUCAUCAAAAAACUUCUGAGGCAGAAAAAAGACUUUCAGAGCAAGUAACAGAACUACAAAGUAAGUUAGAGUUGGAAACGAAUGCCCUAGAAAAGGAAAAAACAGAAAAACAGUCUCUUUGUGAGCAGCAGGAGAAGUAUCAAGCUAUUAUCCAUAAGCUUAAGGAAGAGAAAGAACUGUUAGUAUCUAACCAAGAAAAAGACAGGCAGUUGCUCAUUCAGAAGCUCAAUUGUGAAAAAGAGGAUGCAGUGCAAACUGCUUGUAAAGAGUUUGAAUUACAGAGGGAAGCUGCUGAAAAAGGGCUUUUGGAAAAAAUACAACAACUUGAGAUGCAAGUAAAUCAGAGUCCUCCCGUUGAAUCAUCUGCUGAAUCAAACUUGAUCGCUGAACUUCAAGAGAAACUUCAGGAAGAAAAAAUCAAGUUCUUAGAGCAACUUGAAGAACAAGAGAAAAGAAAGAAUGAAGAAAUGCAGAACAUCAGAACAUCGCUCACAGCAGAACAACAGACCAACUUUAACACUGUUCUGGCAAGAGAGAAAAUGAAAAAAGAGAGCAUAAUUAAUGAACUCAGUGAGAAAUUGAAAAUGCUUACACAACAGCAAGAGAAAGAUAAGGAUUUGAUUGAAACACUUUCUGAAGAUAGAGCUCGCUUACUUGAAGAGAAGAAAAAGCUUGAAGAGGAAGUUAAUAAACUGAGAAGUAGUAAUUUUUCUCCAUCAACCUACUCAGCAGCAGCUUCAGAAGUUUGUGGAGCCUGUGCAGCCGAUAUUCCCAUUGACCCAGACAAAUUAGUUUCUGACAUUGCAGGUGAAGGGAGAAUGGACUCCACGAUGGAAACUAGUAUGAUGGCUGUGCAUGAAAAUGUCCAUAUGUCUGAAGAGAAACAGAGGAUAAUGUUGUUAGAAAGGACUUUGCAGUUGAAAGAAGAAGAAAAUAAGAGAUUAAAUCAAAGAUUGAUGUCCCAGAGCAUGUCGUCAGUAUCCUCAAGACAUUCUGAAAAAAUAGCAAUUAGAGAUUUUCAGGUUGGCGAUUUGGUUCUUAUUAUCUUGGAUGAAAGGCAUGACAACUAUGUGUUGUUUACUGUUAGUCCAACCUUGUAUUUCUUGCACUCAGAAUCACUUGCUGCCCUGGAUCUCAAACCAGUUUCAGGUGCAUCUAGGAGACCUUGGGUGCUGGGAAAAGUGAUGGAAAAGGAAUAUUGCCAAGCAAAAAAGGCACAAAACAGAUUUAAAGUUCCUUUGGGUACAAAAUUCUACAGAGUGAAAGCAGUACCAUGGAACAAGAAAGUAUAACACAACAAAAUUCUCGUUGACUCUGUCUCCAUUCUUUUUUGACUUGUCCUUCAGUGCUCGUUCAUCGCUCCAAAUGCCAGGCCAUCUUUUUAUACUGAGGUCAUGUGACAAGAUACGUCAUUGAUGUACUGCUUUUACUUUUUAACAGGUCACAUUUUAGAAACAAGAAUUUCAUCAAAAGCUCUGGCCCUAACUGUCCCAGUUUUUUUACCCAGAUAACUUUAGGAGUGUGGACCAAAUGAGUUCAUUUUCUCAAAGGGCAGCCACAUGAAACAUGGUUUGGUAGCCAUGCUAAUUGCCUGUUAAAUAUACAUUAGCUUGUAUUUAGAUGUUAAAUGUUAGUUACCAUUAUUACCAGCAUACAUCAUUUUGUGAAAUCAUUAUCAAAGUACUUGCACUCUUUAACAGAUUCUUUAUAUGUGUAAAAUUCAUCAACUAUUUAAAGAGGAGUGUUCAUUGCAUGCAGAUAAUCAUAUAAUUUUUCUUCAACAUGAGUUUGCCUCAGUAGAUGAAUAAAAAUAACUACUGCAACUUGUUUCAUUACAUGAAAAUGCUCUUUAAUGUCA